AUGCAGCCGGCUGCAAGUAAGCUGUCAAGCGGCGUUUGAACGCCGCGACUGCGAGAAAUGGACAGAAUCGCAGCGCUCAAGAAGCGUAUGGUAUACCCUGAGCGCCUGGCAUUGGACAGUCUGAAAGCAUCAAUGCUCUGCAGCGAAGGGUCCUGGGCAAACGCUGACAGCCUGGAGAAAGGCACGGACAAUCCGGCGCAUCAGAUAUCAGAGCUGGAGCUGAGCUGCUCACAGCCCGGUCUGCGCGUCAGCAGCUCUGCAGACAGUCUGAGCGCGUGCGCCCGCCAGCCCCUCGCCCACCACGGCCUCCCGCUACAGUCCUGCGCCAACACCUGUCGCAGCAGCACUGAGCUCAACGCCAUCCUCCAGCGUGAUGGGCAGAUGGUCAUCCAGCGGCGGCUGCGUGAGCUGGUGAGGGCGUUCGCGGAGCGCGCGCUGCGCGUGCGGCGGCGCCUCGAGCUGCCGCCCACGCCCUCCACCGACAGCAGCGGACAAGCUGAUAGCAAUGGUAUUUCUUCCCCACCACUGUAUGAAUGUGUUGAGACUGUCAACAGUGAGGAGCAGGAACAAUUACCAUGCACAUUCAGCCUCAGCUGCAAGUCUUUUUUGAAGAUUUUUGAUUGUUUCAAAUGUAAUACAGUCCUUGAUCCACAAGGGAUAUGCUACGUGCUUUGGUUGCUUCUUGUUACUGUGUGCUACUCUUACAACUGCUGGGUGAUCCCACUCAGAAGCACAUUUCCAUAUCAAACAGAAGAAAACACACCAGUGUGGUUAGCACUGGAUUACUCUGCUGAUGCUGUCUAUUUGAUGGACAUUCUAUUUUUUAAACCGAGGCUGACCUACCUUAGUGAUGGAUUUUGGGUGAAAGACACGAAACUUACUCGUCAAAGAUACUUCAGAAAGUGGCAGUUCAAGAUGGACUUGCUGUCGCUUUUACCUCUAGACUUGUUCUAUCUGAUGUUUGGACCCCAGCAAUUACUGUUUAGACUCCCAAGACUGCUGAAGGUACAGACAUUUUGGGAGUUCUAUGACCGUGUGGACAACAUCCUCAAGUCACCGUACAUAGUGCGAAUGGCGAGAACUCUCUCCUACAUGCUCUUCCUAAUUCAUGUUAAUGCCUGUGCAUAUUAUGCAUUUUCACUCUGGGAAGGCCUUGGAUCUAACAAAUGGGUGUUUAAUGGCCAAGGAAAUGCAUAUAUACGAUGCUUUUACUUUGCUACAAAGACAGCAACAUCAAUUGGGAAAAAUCCAAAACCAGAAAAUGAACAGGAAUAUUUAUUUAUGACAGGUAGCUGGCUAAUGGGUGUUUUUGUUUUUGCACUCCUAAUUGGCCAAAUGCGAGACAUUGUGGCUACAGCAACAAAAACCCAGACAGAGUAUCAGAUGCUCUUGGAUGAGACUCUGAAGUACAUGCGAAGAUUUAACCUUCCUCAUAAACUCCAAGAAAGAGUAAAACUCUGGUUCACCUAUACCUGGGAACAGCAACAUACAAUUGAUGAAAGCAGAAUUCUAGAUGCACUACCUCAAAAACUGAAAACAGAUGUUGCUAUCAAUGUACACAUUCAAACUCUGAGCAAAGUUCAAUUGUUUCAAGAUUGUGAUGAAGCAUUGCUUCGUGAUCUGGUCCUCAAACUGCGGCCAGUUAUUUACCUUCCCGGAGACUACAUCUGUCGCAAGGGAGAAGUUGGAAAAGAGAUGUAUAUUAUAAAAUCAGGCCAAAUUCAGGUGAUGGGUGGUAAGAAUAAUGAUGAGGUGCUGGCAACACUUACUGAAGGGUGUGUUUUUGGUGAGAUCAGUCUUCUUUCUUUGGCAGAAGGAAACAGGAGAACUGCUACUGUGAAGUCUAAAGGGUUUUCAAAUAUUUUUGUUCUGAAUAAGUCAGAUUUGAAUGAAGCCAUUGUUCAUUAUCCAGAAGCUCAAGAGAUUCUAAGGAAGAAGGCAAACUCAUUAAUGAGACAAAAUGCUCUGAGGGAGAAGUUGGCAAAGGAAAAACAGUUGUCCAGUGAUGUGAUUAUUGGCAAUUUGCAGUCACAAGAAACACCAAAGCUUGUUCAUACAGUUAUACAGGUGAUGGGUCAUCUUGAUAUAUCAACUAGUCUCAUUGGUCGCAGCCCGAAACAGAGUAAAGAGGAAUCACAAGAGGCAGUAGUGACAGACAAGCAGCAGUGCAAGAACAGCAACAGUGAGCAGGAACAACAGCCACUGGGGUGCAGUUGCAGUGCAGGCAGUGAGAAUGCUGGAGGCUGUAACAGUGUGAGUCCAGCCGACAAGACCUUUGAAUGUAGAGUGACUGUACACAGAGAGAUGAGUCAGUAGUCCUAGGAGGUGAAAUGCAUUUAGUACUAUACAGUCACUUGGUGACCUCAACCUACGUCAUCACUACCAGCAGCAUCCUUUUUUAUUCAUUGCCCAUAAAAUGCUCUAAAAGAAGAUAUUGAGCAUACAGCGCAUAUUUGGGAAAUGGCUACUCUGUUCCUUUUGCAUUGAAUUUACUGUAUACAAAAUUCUAUUAUUAUUGUUUUGCAAAUAAUAGUAUCUCUUUUAGAAGGGACUUUCAACCACAAUUUUUCCUGUCAUAUGUCUGGCAUAGCUUUCCUAUUCUGUAAGACA